UUUAUGCCUGAUAUUCGCGUUUACAGUGAAGUCCAGGUCCGUAUUUCAGCAUAUAGAGACUGUGAGUUGCUUCAGGUAUUUUGGUGACGCGCAGUAACGCUACAUUUUGUUACAGAUGAUAUCUGUGUAUCAAAGUAGACAGUUGGCGUGCGAAUAAAUCGCGUUAGCCAAUUAGCUUGCUAGCUAACGUUAGCACGUCGAGCUAAUCUCUUUGCUUUAGAAAGUUAAUCCCAGUCUCUCUAAACCAUUAUUGUCGUUUUGUACUUCGUAUGGAAAAUUUGCCAACAAGUUGUGAAUGGCAGAUGGCUGAGGUGGACUGCAACUGACGACCCCUGCAGUUUUAUGACCAGAUAACGUACCUGGAAGAUUUGCACUAUAAUCUCUUUAUUCCUCCUAAAAUAACAUCCAGUGGAGAGCAACGAUGGAGAUCCACUUAAACCGAGUGGAUUACAUACAGGUCGGUGUGACAUCCCAGAAAACUAUGAGGCUGCUUCCAGCACUGGGAAAAAAGGCAACGCAAAAGGUUGCUAUUGCUGAUCAUGAUGGUAUCCUGACCUGUUUUGGCAUGAAAAAAGGAGAAGCAGUGCCCGUGUUUAAGACACUUCCGGGGCCCAAAAUAGCCAGAAUGGACCUUGGAGGAGCUGUGGGAACGCCACAGGAGAAGAUCUUUGUUUGCUCUGGUUCUCAGGUUCGAGGAUUCACCAAGAAGGGCAAACAGUUCCUCACCUUUGAAGCCAACCUCACUGAGAGCAUCAACGCCAUGCAUGUCUCAGGCGCUGACCUUUUUGUGUGUGCAAGUUACAUCUACAACCACUACUGUGACUGCAAGGACCAAGACUAUUACCUCUCUGGAGACAAAAUCAAUGACAUCACAUGUUUGUCCUCAGAAAACCUGACACGCCUCGUCCCUGUGCUGGCGUGCCAAGAUCGGGUUCUCAGAGUCUUGCAGGGAUCUGAGCUUGCCUAUGACAUUGAAGUCCCUGGCCCUCCAUCUGUCUUGGAACUGUACAACAAAGACGGAGGAGAGGAAAUCCUCUAUGGGACCACAGAUGGCAAAAUAGGAUUGGUCCAGAUUGGUGAGCAUUCAGCUGCGACCAAAUGGGAGAUCGACAAUGACAAAAAGAAAGGAGGAAUUCUUUGCAUUGACACUUACGACAUUAUUGGAGACGGAGUGAAUGACGUCCUGGUAGGCAGGGAUGAUGGGACGGUUGAGGUCUAUGGUUUCAGCAACACCAGUGAGCCCACAUUACGCUUUGAGCAUGUGUUGUCAGAGAGUGUGACUUCUAUCCAGGGUGGUUGUGUGGGGAAGGAAUCUUAUGAUGAGGUCCUUACUGCCACUUACACAGGAUGGGUGACUGGUUUGACCACUGAGCCCCAGAAGGCGGAAGCCGGCCCUGGAGAUGAGAUCAGGAUGAGUAAGGAGACCCAGUCCAAAGUAGAAGCACUCAGGGCAGAGCUGGAGCAGCUGCAGGUCAAAGUCCUGCAGGGCCGUGAGCAGUACCAGCAGACCUCCCAGUCAAGCACAGCUGUCUCUGCUGUGCCCGUCUUCAGCAUCAAUGACAAGUUCACCCUCUGCCAGGAUGAUGCCAGCUACAGCCUCACUCUUGAGGUGCAGACUGCCAUCGACAAUCUGCUGCUCCAGAGUGACGUCCCCAUAGACCUGCUGGAUGUGGAUAAGAACUCAGCUGUUGUCAGUUUCAGUGAAUGCGAUUCAGAGCAGCCUAAUGGGAACUUCCUCUUGGCCACAUACAGAUGUCAGGCUAACACUACCAGACUUGAGCUCAAGGUGAGGUCCAUCGAGGGACAGUAUGGGACCCUGCAGGCUUACGUUACCCCCAGACUGCAACCCAAGACAUGCCAGGUCCGACAGUACCAGAUCAAACCUUUGUCCCUUCACCAGCGGACACACAGCAUAGACCAAGACAGGCCCAUGAACAGGCUCAGUCUGGUGGGACAGUUCAGUUUUGCUGAGAUCCACUCCUGGGUGGUCUUCUGUUUGCCAGAGGUGCCCGAGAAAACACCAGCAGGAGAGUGCAUCACCUUCUAUUUCCAUAACACUUUUCUCGGCACACAGCUUGAAGCCACCUACUGCAAAGGGGAGGGUCAUUUCAGGUCAGACAACAUCUCUACCAUCUCCAUACUGAGUGAUGUUCUCUCUAAAGAAGCUACCAAGAAGAAAAUCAAUCUGAACAUUUCAUAUGAUAUCAAUGAUGACUCCGUGAGCCACACCCUGAAGAUGAUACAUCCAAAGCUGGAGUAUCAGUUGUUAUUGGCUAGAAAAGUUCAGCUUAUUGAUGCGCUCAAAGAGCUUCAGGUUCAUGAGGGGAACGCUGACUUCCUCAUCCCAGAGUAUCGCAGCAUCUUGGACGAGUCUGCUACUCUCCUCGAGGAGUACAAGAAACAGCCGGCGCACCUCGAGAGGCUUUAUGGAAUGAUCACAGACCUCUUCAUUGACAAAUUCAAGUUCAAAGGCCAGAAUGUGAAAACCAAGGUGUCCUCAUUGCUGGAGAUACUAGAUAAUUAUGACUUAAAUUCUCUGUUAAACUUUUUCAAUGAGUUAUGAUGAUCUGUAGAUCACAGGGCAUUUACAUGUCUUUAUUUGUGCUAUUUUUGUAUAAUAAAUAUGAAAGUUUUGUUUUAUGUGUUAGUUACUAGCAGUGUCUGUCACGUUGUCAUACUGUCAUUUAGAUACUGUUUGCGCUACCUGUGGUAUACAAUAUUUCAAUAUUCAUUAUAUCUUUCCAUAGCAUCCAAACACAAGAGCAGUGAUUAAUAAACUGUUACAAGGUUGCCAGGUUAGUGCAGGCUACUAUUUUUAUUGUGGCUAAGCAUUGUUUGAAGUUUGAAAUUUCAGUGACCAAAUAUAAAUGAAAUGCACACAGAAUGUAUGUUUUCAUAUCAUAAUUACCAUAAGACUGUGAG